AUUUCUCUUGUUUUACACGAGGCACAGCACAAGCCGGGCCAGCUUUAAUUCGUAACCGCAUGUCUCUCUCAUACAGCAGCUAGGAUGGUCUCUGCUUUCUCCUCAAUAAGUUCGAGCCACCUCCUUUGCUUUGGAUCACCUUCUUCGUUCUCGAAUUCUUCGUUCUCCAUUAAUUUCUCCCUCCCAGCGGCAGGUCUACUCGACCAGCUGCUAGCUGCGCCAUGGAUCCCACUCUGUUCAUCAUCGGCAUCAUAGGAAACAUCAUCUCCGUUCUGGUCUUCAUUUCUCCCGUCACGACGUUCUGGAGGAUCGUGAGGGGCGGGUCGACGGAGGAGUUCGAGCCGGCGCCAUACGUGAUGACGCUGCUCAACGCGCUGCUGUGGCUCUACUACGGCCUCACCAAGCCCGACGGCCUCCUCAUCGCCACCGUCAAUGGGUUCGGGGCCCUCAUGGAGGCCAUCUACGUCGUCCUCUUCCUCAUCUAUGCCAACGACCAUGGCACGAGGGUUAAAACCGCGAAAUUGGUGGCAGCUUUGGACAUCGCCUUUUUUGGGGUCGUGUUCGCGACUACAACGUUUGCCAUUGCUGAGCUUGACAUGAAAAUCAUGGUUGUCGGAUUGAUAUGCGCCUGCCUCAGUGUCUUCAUGUACGGGUCCCCACUCGCUGCCAUGAGAACGGUGAUCACCACAAGGAGCGUGGAGUACAUGCCUUUCUUCCUGUCCUUCUUCCUCUUCCUUAACGGAGGCGUCUGGGCUUUCUAUGCCCUGCUCGACAGAGACGUCUUCCUUGGGGUCCCAAAUGGGUUUGGCUGCGUCUUGGGCGGCAUCCAACUGAUUAUCUAUGCAGUCUACAAGAACUGCAAGGUCGACUCUCCGAGCAGCGACGAAGCAGCAGACGAUGGAUGGCAGGCUGCUGCUUCGGCUUCUCUUUUGUCAUCCUCCGACGCGAACAGACAUGGGCUGGAAGAUGCUGCAUCCAACCGUGUUUAGCGACUGUAUAUAGCGAUGGCGUGAUUCUGUAAAAUUGGUAAUAUUCAUGGUUGAUUCCUGACACAUUUUAUGUAGCGUGUCAGACCUCGUUUUGAUGUUCGAGACGAGGUUUUGUAAUAACGUUGGACUAUGUGCAUUUUUGGAUGCAGAUGCAGGAGAUUAUUCUUUUUCAUUAUUAGAAAAAAAGCUGUCCAAUCAGUUUCUAUCC